CCAAGGCAGUGGUGAACUUCAUCCAGAAGCUGGAGGACACCAGCGCCAACGAGAAGGACACCAUAGUGACGUUCGAGUGUGAGACCAACGAGCCCUUCGUCAAAGUCAAAUGGCUGAAGAACAACAUGGAGAUCUUCUCCGGAGACAAGUACAGGAUGCACUCUGACAGAAAGGUCCACUUCCUGUCGGUGCUGGUGAUCCAGAUGAAGGACGCCGCAGAAUUCUCGUGUGUGGUUAUAGACGAGGAGAGCAUCAGGACGAGCGCCCGGCUCCACGUAGAAGGUGCUGCCCUGGAGCUGAAAAAGCCCCUGGAGAACAUCGAGGUGCCGGAGACUUACUCCGGAGACUUCGAGGUGGAGCUUUCUCGUGAAGACACUGAGGGCAGCUGGUUCUUCGGAGACAAGGAGAUCUCCGCCAGCAGCAAAUACGUCAUUUCCUCCCGCAGAGGCCGCCAAUCCCUGUCCGUCAAAGACGUGAAGAAGACAGACCAGGGGAAAUACACCUUUGUGUGUGGAGAGCUGAAGACCAGCGCCUCCCUGAAGAUGAAGCUGCGCCCGGUGACCCUGCGCAGGCCGCUCAGCGACCUGACGGUGUGUGAGGGCGACAUCGCUCAGCUGGAGGUCCGCUUCUCCCAGGAGAACGUGGAGGGCAGCUGGAUGAAGAACGGGACAGCCGUCAUCGCCUCGGACCGGGUCCACAUCGUCAUCGACAAACAGAUCCACAAGCUGCUGCUGGAGAACGUGAGCCGCGAGGACGCCGCCUCGUACGCCUUCAUCGUGCCGGCUCAGGACAUCUCCACCUCCGGGAAGCUCAGCGUGCAGACGAUCGACAUCGUGAACCCGCUGAAGGACGUUUCCUCCGUCGAAGGCACGAAGGCGGUGCUGGAGACGAAGAUCUCAGCGCAGGACGUUCUCUCUGUGAAGUGGUUCCUGAACGGGAAGCUGCUGACGGCCAGCGAUCGGGUGCAGAGUGUCGAAGGAUCCAAGCAGAGGCUCGUCUUCAACCGAACCUUCGCCUCCGACGAGGGCCGAUACAAACUGGUGGUCGGGAAGGUGGACACCAGCUGCAGCCUCUCCGUAGAAAAGGUGCACAUCGUGAAGCAGAUGGAGGAUAAGGUGUGCUCCGAGUCUCAGAACGUGACCUUCAGCGUGGAGGUUUCCCACGCCGGCAUCGACCCGCUCUGGACCUUCAGGAACCAGCCGCUCAAAGCCGGACCCAAAUACAAGAUGGAGUCCAGCGGCAAGAAGCACUCUCUGAUCGUCAACACCAUGAAGGACGAAGAGGGAGCGUACAGCUUCCACGCCGAGAGAAGACGCAGCGCCAAACUCACCGUCUCCGGGGGCGCCAUCACGGUGCCUCUGCAGGACGUGACGGUGGCUGAGUCCCAGACGGCGGCGCUGGAGUGCGAGGUCGCCAACGCCUCAGCUGAAGGUUGCUGGCUGAGAGAAGGUCAGCCGGUCGACUUCAAUGACAACAGUGACGAGCGAGAUGAAGGGCUGCGUGCCGGCUGCCUCAUCUUCAUCACCAGACCGCAGGACGUGGGGGAGUACAGCUACCAGGUGUCCAGCUCCAAGACCAGCGCCACCCUGAGGGUGGAGGCGGUGAAGAUGAAGAAGACCCUGAGGAACCAGACGGUGACGGAGACCCAGGACUCGGUGUUCUCUCUGGAGCUGACGCACAGCGGGGUGAAGGGCUCGCAGUGGAUCAGGAACGGAGUCGAGCUGCAGAACAGCCACAAGUUCCAGAUGUUCUCCGAGGGAACCGUGCACACUCUGAGGGUGAAGAGCUGCGCACGCAGGACGAGGGGGGUCUACUCCUUCAAGCUGGGGAAGCUGUCGGCCAACGCCCGGCUCAACGUGGAGACGAUUAAGAUCGUGAAGAGAUAAAGGGACGUGACGUCUCUUCUGGACGGCACCGCCUCCUUCGAGCUCAGUCUGUCUCACGACGACAUCCCGGUCCGAUGGACCUUCAACGGCUCGGAGCUGAAGACCAGCGAGAAGAUCCAGAUCCUGUCGGAGAGGAAAGCUCACAAGCUGGUUCUGCAGAACGUGGACCAGAGCCUCGCGGGGAGUACAGCGCCGGUGGUGGGACACCUGCAGUGCAGCGCCACGCUCACCGUGGAGGCCCUGCGUGUCACCAAGCCUCUGAAGAGCGCCUCGGUGCCGGAGACGCACACGGCGUCCUUCGAGUGUGAGGUCUCUCACUUCAAUGUGCCGUCCACCUGGCUGAAGGACGGCGUGGACAUCGAGAUGAGCGACAAGUUCAGGAUCGUGGUCCAGGGGAAACUCCACCAGCUGAAGAUCACCAACACGAGCCGAGAAGACGCCGCCGAGUACACGUUCGUGUGUGGGAACGACCGAGUGUCCGCCAAGCUCACCGUCAGCCCGGUGCUCAUCAUCAUGCUGAAGGACCUGAGGGCUCAGGAGAGAGACUCCAUCACCUUGGAGGUGACGGUGAACCAGGAGAACGUGAGCUAGUGGCUGAAGAACGGCGUGGAGGUGAAGUCGUCUGAGCGCGUCUCUGUGAGGAGCCGGCAGCUCUCGCACUCCCUGAACAUCAGGAACGUGCACUUUGGAGACGGAGGAGAGUACAGCUUCGUGUCCGGGUCCUCCUUGCCCGCAAGCCUCUACGUGGAGGCUCGAGUGAUCGAGUUCACCAAGAAGAUCAAAGACAUAAAGGUCACGGAGAAGAAGAAGGCCGUGUUCGAGUGUGAGAUCUCCGAGCACGUGCAGGUCGGCUGGAUGAAGAACGGCCAGGAGCUGGAGCAGGAGGGCAGGUUCUCGGUGACAGCGGAGAAGUUCGUCCACCGGCUGAUGAUCCAGUCGGUCAGGAUGUCGGACGCCGGAGAGUUCUCUGUGGUCGCCGGGUCGAGCGUCUCCAGAGCCCAGCUGGUGGUGGAGGGGAGAGACGUCCGAAUCUCUGACCCCCCCCGAGAGGUGCAGGUUCUGGAGAAGCAGCGCGCCACCUUUGAGCUGGAGGUGAACGAGGACGAGGUGGAGGGCCGCUGGCUGAGGAACGGCGUGGAGAUCCAGUUCUCUGUGGAGCAGCGCUUCAACUACGUCUGCAUCCGGAGGAUUCACCGCCUCACCGUGACGGAGACCUUCAGGAGCGAUGCGGGAGAAUACACCUUCAUCGCCGGGAAGAACCGGACCACCAUGAACCCUCCGAUCCCGGAGCCUCCUCAGAUCCAGCGCCACAUGGAGCCUCAGUCUGUGGAGGCGGGGAAGCCGGCCCGGUUCUCCGUGCAGGUGAGCGGGGUCCCGGCUCCGCAGGUGUCCUGGUUCAAGAACUCCCAGGCGCUGUCCGCAGGCUUCAAGUGUAAGUUCCUGCACGACGGCGCCGAGCACUCGCUGCUGCUCAUCGAGGUUUUCCCCGAGGACGCCGCCGUGUACCACUGUGAGGCCAAGAACGAGCACGGAGCCGCCAGCAGCACGGCCGCGCUGCACGUGGAAGUGUCGGAGGUUGUGUCUCCGGACUCAGCAGCCACAGUGGCCCCCCCGGUGGUGAUGAGCCCCAUCAGCAGCACCUCCGCCCGCGAGGGAGAGCCGGCGCGCUUCCAGUGCCGAGUGCGAGGAGACGACGUGAAGAUCAGCUGGUUCCACGGACAGAAGGAGAUCAAGCAGUCGGACUUCUUCCGGAUGUCUCAGUUUGACGACAGCUGUCAGCUGGAGAUCUCCAGAGUUUACCCCGAGGACGAGGGCGAGUACAGCCUCCGGGCGACCAACGCAGCGGGGACGGUGUCCUGCAGCGCCGCGCUCAGCCUGGACGGCGUCCGACAGCGAGAGUCUUCUGUCUCUCAGCGCCUCCUCUCCACCAGCCACUCCUCCGUAAAGAAGCCGACUCUCGGCCACAAGCCGGUGUUCCUGCAGCCGAUCAGCAGCUGCUCGGUGCCGCACGGCGAGGUCGCUCGUUUCCACGCCUGCGUCUCCGGCACGCCGCGGCCCGAGAUCAGCUGGUUCCACAACGGGAGCCCGGUGCUGCCCACCAAGAACGUGGUGUUCCACUUCGACGAGGCCACGCACACCGCCAUGCUCCUCAUCGUGGACGCCUUCCCAGAACACGCCGGAGCGUACACCUGCAGCGCUGCAAACACCGCCGGGGAGGUCGUCUGCACCGCCACGCUCACCGUUACCACCGCACAAGAAGAAGAAGUGACUCACGUGAGGGAGCAGAUCGAAGCCGAGAUCGAGCAAGAAGUCAAAGAGCUGUUUUAUCACAAAGAGGGAACGCAGCAGAGCGGCAGCGAACUCACCGCCACCCGGCAGCUGAGAGGAGCCUUCUCCGACACCGAAGACUUCCCCGAUCAGGGCCUGGUGUCGGCCAACCGCUGCUCCAGCAGAACCUCCUCCAUUAGCUCCUGGACGGAGAGCAUCAAACCUUCAUUCACCAAAAAACUUAAAUUCCAAUCAGUCCUAGAGGGAGAAGCAGUAGAGUUAAGGUGUAAACUGGUUGCAUGUCCUCAACCCACCAUCCUUUGGUUUCAUAAUAAUAAAUCUAUCCCUAAAGAUCGUAGGCGUAGGGUCGGUACUGAGAGCAAAAUGCACUUGCACACGACCAGUUUGGUUAUCGAUUGUAUCAGAGAGAAGGACUCGGGCAGUUAUAAGGUAAUGGCGUUUAACUCAGAGGGUUCUGCCGAGUCCACAGCAUCACUUCUAGUGUCGCUGAGGGAAGAGCAGUCUGCUAACUACCUGGGCUUUGUUAAGCGCUCUGCACAAGCCCAUGCAAGUGCAGAAACCAUGGCCGAGCAGAGGAAAGAGAGGAAGUUCAGGGUGGACCUCAGGUGCGUUGGGUCUCCGUUUGACAAGAUGUCUAAAGUUCAUCAGAGGCGUUCUCGCUCUGUGGACUCUCUGGUGCGUACAGUUUACUUCAAAUCUGGUUCUCAUAUGAAAGAAAAAGAGGUAACAGAGAAAGAGUCCAAACGUUUGGAGACCGCCUCAGAGCGCGCGCUGUCUCCUCCCCCAAUGUUUGACAGGUCCGAGCGUUUUAACGACCGGUUCAGCGAUAUCUACUGCGACCGGCGCACCGGGGCCAGGUUCAGUGACAAGUUCAGUGACAGAUGCAGCGACAGGUACAGCGACAGGUUCAGUGACACAGAGAGUCUUCACAAUGAGGUGAGGACUAAACUUACAACGCUCCAAAAAGCUGUGAAGCAGAAGAAGAGGCUUUCUAUCUCCACCAUGUCCUCUUCUGAGUUUGAGUCAGAAUCAGUUGCCAGCGAGUCGAGUUACGCCGACUACGUGGAGAGGCUCAGGGUGAAACCGGCCUCUCUGCCCGAUGUUCAGCAAUUCAACCGACCCUUCGAUUCGGGGGAGGGUCCGAGUGAGUUUAAAAGUAGAAGCUCAAGCAGGGAUCCGUCGAAGCCGCGUUCAAGGCAUUCAUUUGAGCCUCAAACCAGAACCAGGGCCAUUCAGAUCAUGAGAGGUGAGCCGUUGGAUACCAUGGUGUCAGAAAGGAGAUCAGGUGACACACGGCAGGGUAAAAAGGUUGAGAGUUUUUUGGAAUCGCGGGCAGAAGCUAGAUACAAGCAAAUGGUAAGUGAGUCAACAAAGGUCGAGCAACGUAACCCUGAAGUCCAAUACUCUGAAGGGUUAGCGUUCCCUGGAACAUCCACGUACACCGAAAGCAGUGGAUCUGUUGAUCUGCCAAAAACAGACACAUCUAGCAGGGAGAAGUUCCUCAGUGGAGAAGCAUCCGCUGAAGAUAGAUCCACAACGGAAACAGGUGAGCAAUAUGAAGAGGAGGGUGAAGGGGGGUCUUUGAGGGCUCACUAUGAGAAGAGCCUGGACGAAGAGAGGAUGCAGUGUGAGGAAAAGCUCCUAGCCCUGCGCAUCAGAAAAUGGCAGCAUGGGAGUAUGAUGGCAGAAGAGAAGACGUUUCACCCUGAAACUGAUCUGCCAACCCCUGCACAGAUGCAGUACAUGGAGCCAGCGGGGCACAUGCACACCCAACAGCAAGCGACACAAUCAGUAACUGGAGAAAGUGAAACCUCAUCUUUCCAUAAAUCACCCAGAGUUAAGGCAAGGAUGGUAGAUCCUGAAGCUACAACACCAAGAUCACCUCAAGUAAAAGCCAGAGGAGACGAAGCAGCAAUGUGUGCCACAGCAGAAGCCGAAUCAGAAGAAGUAGGGGCACACCUAAUGCUGGCACCAACAUCUCCCAGGGUAAAAGCAAGAGCAGACAUGGAAGUGGAGUUGUCGCCAAGAGCAAAAGCCUGCGCGGAGGACAGACUCGGAGAAUCACCCAGGCUAAGGCAGGCCAAAACUACCAAAGAGAGGUUCCUUGGUACAGGUGCAACACCAGAAACAGGUGAGCAAUAUGAAGAGGAGGGUGGAGGGGAGUCUUUGAGAGAGCAGUAUGAGAAGAGCCUGGAUGAAGAGAGGAUGCAGUGUGAGGAAAAGCUCCUAGCCCUGCGGAUCAGAAAAUGGCAGCAAGGGAGUAUGAUGGCAGAAGAGAAGACGAUUCACCCUGAAACUGAUCUGCCAACCCCUGCACAGAUGCAGUACAUGGAGCCAGCGGGGCACAUGCACACCCAACAGCAAGCGACACAAUCAGUAACUGGAGAAAGUGAAACUUCAUCUUUCCAUAAAUCACCCAGAGUUAAGGCAAGGAUGGUAGAUCCUGAAGCUACAACACCCAGAUCACCUCAAGUAAAAGCCAGAGGAGACGAAGCAGCAAUGUGUGCCACAGCAGAAGCCGAAUCAGAAGAAGUAGGGGCACACCUAAUGCUGGCACCAACAUCUCCCAGGGUAAAAGCAAGAGCAGACAUGGAAGUGGAGUUGUCGCCAAGAGCAAAAGCCCGGGCGGAGGACAGACUCGGAGAAUCACCCAGGCUAAGGCAGGCCAAAACUACCAAAGAGAGGUUCCUUGGUACAGGUGUAACACCAGAAACAGGUGAGCAAUAUGAAGAGGAGGGUGGAGGGGAGUCUUUGAGGGAGCAGUAUGAGAAGAGCCUGGAUGAAGAGAGGAUGAAGUGUGAGGAAAAACUCCUAGCCCUGCGGAUCAGGAAAUGGCAGCAUGGUGUGCGAAUGUCAGAGGAAGAGACACCUGAAACGGACCUACCUGCAGAGACACAGUACAUGGAGCCUGAAGGGCACAUGAACCCCCAUCUGGAGGCAGUGGAUAAGAGAGUGACUGUAGAACAUGCUGACAUGUCGGCACCAAAGUCCCUUAAACAGAGUCAAGAUGAAACCUCUGCCCCCUCGCCUAAAUCCAGAAGGAAAUCUAGACAAGGAGAUUUGGAAAUUGAGGCUUCAAUGGCACACAAAUCUCCCAGAAUAAAAGGAAGAGCCGUAGAAGUAGGAGCAUCACCAAUAACUAAAGUCAGAGCAGAGAAGAUGUUGUUUGAGAGGACAACAGAAGAACGUGAGCUCCAGCUGUCGAGAGAGAACUUAUCCGAGCUGAAGAGUGAAAGUGAGAAGUUUGUCAGUGAAGAGGAGGCUCUGAAUCAGCGGAUAAUGAAGUGGCAGGAGAACGUUUUGAUGGAACAAGAGGAAGUUGUCAAGCCGGAAUCCGACUGGGAGGAGGGUUACUCUAAGAUCCAGGCGGAGAAGACCACAGACGUCGGAAGAGAAUCAGCUCCUCAACCUGAAGUGGUCCGAAGCAGGAAAACCUCCUCGGGCAAAACAGCCAAAGAGAAGUUCCUCCAGAGCGUGACGGUUCCCGCCGGUUUCCAAGAUCAGCUGGCUGAGAGUCUGCAGUGGCCGCCUGCUGAGGCUCUGCCUACAGAGGGCCGGGAGACCAGGCUGCAAAGGGAUAGUGAAUACUUUGUUAGUGAGGAGGAAGCACUUGCUCAGCGCAUCCUGAAGUGGCAACAGGAUGGUGUCGAGCAAGAGGAGGUAGCUGAACUGGAGUCCGAGUGGUCUUUGGACAAUCAAGGAAAACAGCCUGGCUCCGGGAUGCUGUCCCAUGGUGUCCUUUCUCCUUCAAGUGAACUUCCACCUCCAACUCUUGGUGGUGGAGCCUCGUCAACAACUACUGCCGGGUACGAGCACGCUACUAUUGGUGAGUCUUCUUCCAUAAGAAGGCAAACCCCUGCAUAUGCUGGUCUACCACACCAGCCCAAAGGAAAUGAUAGAAUGGGUCUGGAAGCUUCACCAUUUCAGAGUUACUCUCCAACCCAAACUACUACUGUGCCAUUUGAGAGCCCAGAUAAGCCUUCAGGAGAGUUUUCACCACUCGGGAGUCACUUUCCACAGGAGGAAGUGGGCAAAGAUGCAGAGAUGAGUCGGAGCAGGCAGGAAUAUGCAAUGACUGCAGUUAAAUCCAUCAGCAAACGUUUCCAGUCAGAUGUAAAAGAGGAGAGGGUGAUGAGAGAGGAGACGGGAACUAACAGAGAGAGCAGCGAUCGGAGACAACAGAAAGAUUUUGCAGGUGUUAAAAGAGAGGAAGUAAGCAGAGAGUCCAUUAGGUCAAAACAGGGUGGAGACACGAGUGAAGAAAGCAUUGAACUCGGAGCUAUCAAGAAGGACGAGAGGAGAGUCCAAGAUGAGGCAGAUUUGAAAGAAUUUAAUAGGAUGAAGGAAAGGGAAACAAGUGCCGGGGGAUCCCGUCCAGUAUUUGUGAAAGAAAUAUCUUCGGCUCAAGUAGAAAUUGGUGAGAUGACAGAGUUUACCUGCCAGUUCCAGGGUGACCCUCUGCCCACCGUCACCUGGCUCAAAGACGGACACCAAUUAGCCCACAACCCUGACUAUGAUAUCAUGAGCAAAUCUAACACAUCAAAGCUCACCGUCUUCUAUCCAACUACAGACCACGAGGGGACAUACGACAGUGUCAUAACCAAUAAACAUGGCAAAUCCAUCUGCAGCGGCACUCUCGAAAUCUCUGACAAAAAGGUGAUGAGAAUGUCAGUGGCCACACAGGAAGUGGUAGUUACGGAGGGUGCAGAAACCCAGGAAAGCUUUAUCGAAGCAGAACUUAAGACCUUCACGGAUUCAGGAAAAGCGACGUUACACGUGCCUCAAGCGGUGAUCCACAAACGCCGCUCCUCGGAUGAGUCUUUUAGCUCCUCACCUGUAGAAAUCAGAAUCACCGCCGCCACGCCGCUCCCUGAGAUGAGAGAGGACAUCAGAGAGGACGAACCUCAGGAGGUCCCGGAGAAAAUCUCAGAAGUGCCAAGCGACGAGGGUGCAUCUCAGACUGUCAAACACAAAUUCACUUUCUCAUUCGAUACGGCUGGUGAAGCUCCUCACGCUGUCAGCGAAUUUGAGAAUAUCAGCUGUUCUGAGGGCAACAUGGCUGUGGUCACAGGUACCUCUGAACCUGUGCAAUUUGCAGAGGGCGCUGGUUUUACUCCAGUAAGGAGGUCUCCUGUUGGCUCAACCGAAGAUGCAAAGAAAGCUGCCAUCAUUCACACUAAAGACACUAUCACUCAGAGUUCACAAGCUCCAUCAGAGUUGGCCAAAGCCCCAACAUCCAGACCCAGUAUCUCCAGAGAGCCUCCAAGUGUAUCCGGAUGUGGUCUGCAGGCUUCGGCUGCUGUUAUAAAAGUCUCUCAGAUUAAACAAGCUUUUGAGUCGGAAUCGCCAGUUGCAUUACAGACCCAAAGCUCUCCUGAGGAGCAGAGAGAGGCAACACAUUUCCCUGAAGAGUUUAUACCCGCAGUGGCCAUUUCCCUUGACCAGCAGGAACAAGUCAUUGACACCCUGCCUGCAGAAGAUGCAGUUUGUCUUGCUACUGCUAUGACAGGAAAUCCCAGUUCUCCCAAAGCUCUUCCUGACUCACCAGAGGCCUCCCAUCCAACCUCCUCUCUGCAGAAAGAACGCAAGAUCUCUGGGAUAUCUAGGGAUGUUGAACAAGGUGCAGUUUCAGCAGAAAGCCAUGGCGAACUUACACAAUUUGUGGAAGAAGUACAGGAGUCUCCCGACUUGGUCAGGCCUAAAGCACAGAAACCAGCUCCAUUAACAGAACAAGUGGAGGCAUGUGAAAUGGAGAUGCUGAGGGAUCAGCCUGUGCGUACAUUUGACAAAACUGGCAGCUUUUUCCCUUUCAAGCCGGAUAAAGUCCCUGCAGUAAAACGCACUGUUAAGACUUCAGCUCCAGUUGAAGAAGCCGUCAAGCCUAAAACCAUUUCUAAAUCUCUCAAACAUGAGAAACAAAUUGCAGUAGAAGGGUCUUCCUCUCAUCACAGUGAGGCUGAAGUUGACAGUACUUUACAUUCUGGCGAGACGCUGGUUUCAAAUCCAGAGCCCUCCUUGGACAGUGGUGUCUUCCUCAGUAUGCCAGAGUCCCAGGCUGACGUGACAGAGGUAGCAGAAGAAGUGGCUGGGGAUGAAGUUGAGCCUCAUGUACAAAUCAAGAGUGAAGAUGGGGGGAUUGAAGUCAUGGAGCCAGAACCUGCAACACUUGUUGUCGAGCCUAAAGGAGGCAACAGUGUUGAACCUCUUGAGGAAGCUCCAGCUGCUGCUGAGGGACCUCAAAGGCAGGUUGCAUCUUUACAGGAAGGAGUUUUGGACAAAGCUGAAGCUGAAGCUGGAGGAGCAGCAGCAGCUGGCUCAAUGGAGGAAGAGGAGGUAACCUUUGGUGCUGUGUAUGACUUUUACAACCCUCCAACAGACUGGGGAAGACCCCUGUCCCCUGAGUCUGAGAUGUCCAUAGAGAUCGGCAGCACCGUGAGUGAGGACCUAGCCGAGAUGGCCGAGCGGUUCUACACCCCAGGCUCUUCCACCGAGGUCUCGCAACCAAUUGCAGAGUCCUUCCAAACCCCCGAGUCUCACAUGUCCUUUCAAACUCCAAGUUCGGAUACUUCUGGUGGGUUUAGGACCCCUAAGGAAUACCCCUUCUCCCCCAUGGAUCAUAAGCGACCCUCGACAGGAGGCUCCAGCGAGAGGUUUUUCUCACCAAUGCAGUUCCUGAUGUCUCCCGGUGACGAGGGCAUUGAGACAGUGGAUGACAACCUAUACCUCACCAAGGGACUAGGACCUUUAGGCCUGUCAACCCUUCAGGAGAAAGUGCAGGGAAUCCCUCCGGCCUUUCUCAAACCUCUCGUCAAGAAAAGAGUGUUUGAAAAUGACUCUCUAACGUUUUACGCUGAGGUGUUUGGCCUGCCUUCCCCUCAGGUGAAUUGGUUCUGCAACGGAAACCAGCUGUUGGCCAACGACAGAGUCAAAACGGAGAGAGAUGGUGAUAGCAUCUCGCUAACAAUUCACAAUGUCACAAAAGCUGAUCAGGGGGAAUACAUCUGCGAGGCCGUGAACUACGUUGGGGAAGCUAGAAGUGUUGCUUUAGUUGUUGUCGUAUCGCAGGAAGUCAGGUUCAUGCCGGCCCCCCCUAAUGUCACCCAUCAGCAUGUGAUGGAGUUUGACGUUGAGGACGAUGACUCCUCUCGGUCUACUUCCCCUCAGGAGAUUCUGCUCGAAGUAGAGUUGGAUGAAAGCGAUGUGAAAGAAUUUGAGAGGCAAAUUAAGAUCAUCACCAUUCCCGAAUACACGGCCGACAACAAAAGCAUGAUCAUAUCUCUGAACGUGCUGCCGAGUAUUUAUGAGGAGUGCACUGUGGACUUUGUCACGCAGGAGCAUGAUGAUUUGAAAAUAGCUUUUGAGGUCACGGAGAUGCCCCCGAGGUUUAUUAAUCCCAUCUGUGACAUGGAGACCCCUGAGGACACCGCCGUCAUGUUCGAGUGCUCCCUGAUGGGAAUACCCUCUCCUAUUGUGUCCUGGUUCAAAGGUGACAAGAAAAUACCUCACAAUAACAAAAAAUACCUGUGUUCGUCUGACGGAGACAACCACUUCCUGAAGAUCUGUAAAGUCACAACACAGGAUAGCGGGGUGUAUACCUGUAGGGCUAUUAACGUUGUCGGGGAGACUCUGUGUCGGGCGUCUCUGGUCGUGUUGAACGCCAAAGCUUUCUCAGGAAAGACCAGAGGCAGGGAGUUGACUGCUGUGUCUCUGGGAAGCGCCAAAGUUCAGCCGCAGAAGUUCGAUUUGGUGGUUGGCAACACGUCGUUUGACAGCGAACAGGUCUCUGAAAUUGAACUUGAGUUUGAGUUUGAGCAGGAGGCAGAUGAGUCGCAGCGGGCGGUGAGGCUGGUGGCUAAAACCGACCACGAAAUGAACGAGCAGGGAGAGAAAUACGUUAGCAUUCACUUUGACGUGUUUGCUGAACCGGCAAAAGAUGACAAGAUAGAGUUCAAAGGAAAGUCCUCCGAUAUGUGUAGCUUCCAGUUCCUGGUGACCGAGACGCCCCCUAAGUGCGUGAUCCCGUUGACUAACAUUACCGCAGCCGUAGGGACGCCAGUUAUCCUCCAGUGUCUCGUUAGUGGUAAACCAAGCCCCACCGCAGAGUGGUACAAAGAUGGAAACCCAGUCACAAAUGGCAGGUGUAUAAUCCAGGAGAAAACUGCAGGCCAUUUCAAUCUGCUCAUUACUAACGCAACCCAGAGUGAUGGUGGGGAGUACAAAUGCAUAAUCCAAAACACGGCCGGGUACGUUGAGACUGCCGCGCUGCUAAAGGUGUUUUAGAGGUUUGAGGUUCUGGGGCUGGUUGCACGAAGAUACAUUUACUACCUAAUUCAUGUUACUGUAUAUUGUUAAUGCUUGACUUGUGUAGGGUUGUUUUGUGGUAUUAAGGAUAAACUACAAGCUGCUUUACUGCGAUACAUAUAUGACUAAAACUCAUCGGUCAUGAACUGGUCCCUGUUAUCAGAACUUUUCCAAAUGUUUACGUUUUCUUAAUUGGCUCAUGUUUAACCCUUCCACCAAGUUUCAUAAAAAUCAGUCCAGUCGUUUUUAACCAAGCCGAAGACAUAAAGCUCCUGCGGAUUUAAUAAGUAUGGCAACUACUUAACAGAAAUAGAAAAUAUCUUUACCUUAUGAGUCAUUUUAAGACUUUUUGUUCUCAAUGUUUGCUUUAAACUGUUUGCAAAUCGCAAUUACUUAAGCUGAGACUCUUCUUAAUGAAGAGUCAUCUUUGUGCAACCAGCCCGAAGUCAUGUGGGAUACACAGCGUCUUAUUGCCAGCUGUGUACACUUUUUUAAGUUCUGGUAGACAAUCUGGGUUUGCUGUUGUUUUCUGGUAACACUUUAAAGUGAGCUGCUUUAACAUUAAAUCACAGUAUUUAGUCUUUACAUCUCACUGACCUCAAAAUACAUCGAGAAGCUCAGAAAGGGUUAUGAAGAAAAAUAGGAAUACAUAUCAUUUACAUGUUUAAACAUUUAGUUUGUUAAAUUAGUGACGAGAGCUGCACAGCCAGAGUAGAUAUGUUUUAAAAUAAUCUGCAUUGGAAAUUAAAUCCAAUUAAAUGCAUGUACUAGUUAUAGUAGCUUAAAUAAAAAAAUAAUACAACUUAAAAUGUUAGUUUGUGUUUUAACAUUUGAGAUAAAUCCCGUUAUUGUGACACCCUUCAUAGUUUUUGGUUUGAGCUGAAGGCAGUAGUUAUUGUUAGGUCACAUUUGACACAACUUACAUAACGACAGUGUUUUUACAAAAAAGAAUAGUUUCAAACAAGAAAGAAAACGUUGACAUAUUCAUUCAUUGCAGAAAACAAAUUAAUAUUAACCCAAAACAUUUUUUAUUAUAACAAAUAGAUUCAAAAAUGUAUUUAAUUGACCCUUAACUUUCACAGCAUUAUUGAUACUCUAUUAGGAGAGUAAUUCACACAUUAAAAUGUAAUGCUGUCAACAAAGUCAAUCUGGAAACUAUCAAGAGCAUUUUGUCCUAAUUAGUUUUAUGGUUUCUGUGGGAUUUAGAACGUUUUUAGUGUGAAAGAUAUUUCUAGGAUUUUAAAGCGAGCUGGUAAAUCACAAGUAGAACACAUUUUAAAAAAUGGAUAAUACUGUGAAACUUUAAAAAGAUGUUAAGUAUAAGUUUUGAAGUUUUGUAAAUAUGUGUAAUUUUAGGAGUGUAUGAGUAGAAACAGGGAAAUAAGUAAUAAAUAAAUAAGAUGGAAAUUCAUGGUGUAUUUGUACAGACGUCAUGUUGGUUUGUUUCAGAGUUUAUAUAAUAAAAUAUUUAAUGAUUUAAA